UUCCCACAUAACUUUAAGAAGGUGUGGAUGCUGACGAUCAAGACGACGUGCAUCACUGAUGCAUCACUGAUCGUCAUCAGAGUCGGACGUCCAGUUACUUCAAGGUGCUUAAUCUCCUCUCAAUCUAGACAGCCAUGGCGCCUCCACGAGGGCGCUUCGCGACUGCUGCAGAGUGUCUUUGCAUCAUCCUCGUUGUGCAAGCGGGCUUGGCUGCAGCUAAGAAGCGUCCAUCAUCUCCUGCAACCAUCGAAUAUUUGGCGCCAGCAGAUACCUCGGUGCACGAAAGAGGGCUUGUGUCAGAGAGGGUUACGUACCGCUCGAUCCUUACAGAGCACUCACGGCAUUGGAGCAACACAAGUGCGAAACACUUCACCCGCGCUGUGCUUGGUUAUGUCACACCUUGGAACUCAAAAGGGUAUGACAUUGCCACCAAGUUCGCCAGCAAGUUCACCCACAUUAGUCCUUGUUGGUACCAAGUCAAAAUCGGGGCCGAUGGGUCCACAACUCUACAGGGGGGUCACGAUGUGGACCAGGGCUGGAUCAAAGAUGUCCGCAGCAACGGACAGCCCAGCCCCCGGAUUGUGCCCCGUCUCAUCCUGGAGGGCUCUGAAGGAGCCAUGGAGGGAUAUGAAGGAGCAGCGAUGCUGGAAUUCAAAAACAUGAAGAAAGCAAUUGACCUGAUUGUCAAAGAGUGCAUAAAUCAGAACUUCGAUGGUGUCACCCUGGAGGCGUGGAUGGGCUGGUCAGUAGCUGGCGUACUCUCGGAUGCGGAGCUGCGGAAAAAAGCGCUCAUGUUUGCGGGGGCCCUGGGCGACACCCUGGCCAAGAUCAAGACGAAGGAGGGCAAGCUCAUGCAGCUGGUCUUUGUCAUCCCGCCACCUCCGGUCUUGGACAUGCCCACCAAGUUCGGGGCUGCCGACCUGGCGUUGCUGGCCCCCCACGUGCAUUUCUUCUCCCUCAUGACCUACGACUUCAGCAACCCGGCCAGGCCUGGCCCCAACGCGCCCCUUCCCUGGGUGUCGCUGUGCCUCAACAUCCUCAUCGACUCGCCCCCGGAGCUCCAGCAAAUGGCAAAAAAGCUGCGCAAGGAGGUGCCGCCGCAGCGGCCGUCGCAUGAGCGGGAGCUCAAGAGCGUGCUCACCGGGAACGAGACCAACCGGGACAUCGCGGACCAGGUGCUGGCGGGCAUCAACUUCUUCGGCAACGACUUCCAGCUGCCCAGAGGUGGCGGUCCGGUUGUAGGGCACGAAUACCUGCACGUGUUGGCCGAGCAGCGACCCAAGCUUAUAUGGGACGCAGAGAGUGAAGAGCAUUACUUCGAGUAUACAAAAGGAAGCUCCAGGCAUAAAGUGUACUACCCGACCUUGAAGUCUAUAGAAAGCAGAUUGAGCGAGAUCAAGAGAUGGGGUGCGGGCGUUUCCAUUUGGGAGUUAGGUCAAGGAUUGGACUACUUCUACGAUCUAUUGUAAGCCUUGUUGUAUUGAAUCCAGCCCAAUGGCCUUCUGUGCUUCUGUUGCACUUCAAACCGGGCACUUCAACUUUUCCUUUAUCGCUUCGUAGUGUACUGAGCGCAAAUAUCAAAAUCUUGCACCCCCUUGAUGGCGUGUUGUCUGG